UCAGAAAGGAGCAGUGGAAAAGCUGAAAACCCAUUCCUUGAAGCAAGGUUUGCAGGGAAAUUAAUCGCCUCCUAUGCACUUUGCCGUUUAAGAAAUCCAUGGAAAAGAUAAACAAUGUCACGGAAUUUGAGCUCUUGGGAUUUUCUCAGAACGUAGAAGUACAGAAGGCAUGUUUUGUGAUAUUUUUCCUCUUCUAUGUCAUCAACCUUGUGGGAAACAGCCUCAUCAUGCUGACCAUCUGUUUUGGAAAACUAUACCGGUCACCCAUGUACUUCUUCCUCAUCUUUCUGUCUCUGAUAGACCUUUGCUACUCUUCCUUCACGGCUCCCAAGAUGAUCAAAGACCUGAUCUCGGAGAGAAAAACCAUCUCCUUUGAGGGGUGUAUGAUGCAACUUUUUGGUGUUCAUUUCUUUGGUUCCACCGAGAUCUUCCUUCUUACAGUGAUGGCCUACGAUCGUUACGUGGCCAUCUGCAAACCCCUCCAUUAUGUGAACAUCAUGAACUGGUCUGUAUGCAACAAAAUGCUUGUGGGCACAUGGAUUGGGGGCAUCAUCCACUCCAUGAUUCAGUUGUCCCUGGUUGUCCGGCUGCCCUUCUGUGGCCCCAAUGUGAUCGAUCACUAUUUUUGCGAUGUCCAUCCCAUGCUGAAACUUGCCUGUGCCAACGCCUAUGUCGCCAGUGUUGUAGACAUGGCCAAUACUGGGACGAUCACUCUGGGGCCCUUUCUUAUCUUGCUCUACUCUUAUACCGUCAUACUGUGGUCCCUGAGACAUCAGAGCAAAGAAGGACGUCGAAAAGCUCUCUCUACCUGUGUUUCUCACAUCAUUGUGGUCAUCAUCUUUUUUGGUCCCUGUGUCUUUAUAUACAUGCGACCGGAUGUCACCUUUACAGUAGAUAAAAUGUUUGCCAUAUUUUAUACCAACAUCACCCCCAUGUUAAACCCUCUGAUCUACACUCUGAGGAAUUCAGUGGUGAAGAAUGCCAUGAAGAAGUUGUGCAGUAGGAAAGUGGUUUUGCAAAAAUAA